UUGCUCUUGCAUACACACACACACACACACACACACACACAGAGUGCGGUGUCGGUUUAGAGGUCGCUAUGAAGCCGGUGGUCUUGCUGCUCCUCCUCCUCCAGGUGUCCGGAUCUGCAGACAGCAGGUGCUUCUGUCAGGUCACAGGUGACCUGGAUGACUGCACUUGUGACGUGGAGACCAUCGAUGGCUUUAACAACAACCAGCUUUUCCCCAAACUUCAAACUCUCCUGGAGUCUGACUAUUUCAGGUUCUACAAGGUGAACCUGAAUAAGCCGUGCCCGUUCUGGACGGCCAGCAGUCACUGUGGUCUGAGGGACUGCGCUGUGAAGCCCUGCUCUCCCAACGAGGUGCCGGAGGGGAUCCGAUCGUCCUCCCACAGCAAGUAUUCAGCAGAAGCAAACGAGCAGCUGGUUGAGUGCGAUCAGGCGGAGCAACUUGGAGCCGUAGAUGUCUCUUUAAGUGACAAGACCAGAGAGGCGCUGCUCAACUGGAGCAAACACGACGACGAGGCAGAACGCUUCUGCGUGGUUGACGACGAGGAGUCACCAGACUCCCAGUAUGUCGACCUGCUGCUGAACCCGGAGCGCUUCACGGGCUACAGAGGACCGGAGGCCUGGCAGAUCUGGAACAGCAUCUAUGAGGAGAACUGCUUCAAACCAUAUACCGUCAAGCGACCGUUAAUUCCCAACUUGUUCCACAGCAGCUCAGGAAGUGAAGCAAAGACCUUCUACAGCUGGCUGGAAGGUCAGUGUGUAGAGAAGAGAGCUUUCUACCGGCUCAUCUCUGGCCUCCAUUCCAGCAUCAACAUACACCUGAGCGCCAGAUACCUCUUGGAUGACAGCUUGUUUCAGAGCAGGUGGGGUCACAACGUGUCAGAGUUCAGACAGCGUUUUGAUUCGGAGCUGACGGCCGGCGAGGGGCCCAAGAGGCUCCGCAACCUUUACUUCCUGUACCUGAUAGAGCUGCGAGCGCUGGCCAAAGCUCUGCCCUUCUUCCAGCAGCCGUCCUUCCAGCUGUACACCGGCAGACCAGAGGAGGACCGAAAGCACAAAGAGCUGCUGCUGCACAUCCUGCAGCUGGCCAGAUCUUUCCCUCUACACUUCGAUGAGACGUCUCUGUUUGCUGGGGAUGAAAAGGAAGCCGCCAAACUGAAGGAGGACAUCAGACUGGCCUUCCUCAACAUCUCCAGGAUCAUGGACUGUGUGGGCUGCUUCAAAUGUCGACUGUGGGGGAAACUGCAGACUCAGGGAUUAGGAACAUCCCUAAAGAUUUUGUUUUCAGAGCGGCAGAUUGAAGCUCUGCCCACGUCCAGCGUCCAGCGACCUCGUUUCCAGCUCAGCCGACAGGAGGUCGUCUCCCUGCUCAAUGCCUUUGGAAGGAUUUCUACAAGCAUCAGAGAGCUGAAGAACUUCAGAUCGCUGCUCGCAGAGGAGCGGUGACGACGUCGAGACGAGUCCGGCUUCACCCAUCAACUCUUCUGCCUCAGUCCUGCUGAAAUAUCACGUCACAGACUACUAUCAGAGUUUAGCAUGAAGAAAGAUCAGGGCCCUCUUCUUCAAACGUGGCUUAACUAAUUCAGGCUAACAUACUGUUAAACGGCUAAAAUACUCCUGUUUAUUCUCAUCCUGCUAAUUUGGUUCUUUGAAAGCAGUUUGAGGAUCGAUUUGCUGAACCUGGAUGAAGUUACCUUGAAUAAAAGUGCGCUCUUAUUUUGAAAUAAAAGUAAAACUGUUGAAACCAUGAUCAGCAUUCAUAUGAUUGGCUGUGUGCUGAUCAUGUGAUUGCAGUUACAUGAGGUAGGUGUGUUGAAAUCCUCCCAGCAUGCACUGGGGCGAUAGCUUCAUGGAUAUAAGUCUUAUUUUAUGUGUUCCUGCGUUGCUACGGGUGUCGUUUUUUCCCCUACGUUGAGCUCCACGAUGUUUCCACACUGUUAAACAAUGAGAUGUUGGUCAGAUGUGAUGUUGGUGAGGUUCUCCCUGAUGGACGUGCCACAGACUUUUAAGUGCUAAUUAUAAGCCUGACGUGAAAAAUUCAAACCUUUCUAAAGUCUCUAAAAAAAGCAGCUUUAAUUGUGUGAACAAUUUCCAGCAAAGUGCGUUCUGCAGUUAUUAAAUUAAUAAGUUUUAGUUUUCAAAUGACAAAUUCCCAUUUUAAUGUCAAAUGAAUUGCCGUAUGCUCUGGCUCCGUCGGUCUUUUAACAGUCAGAAUCUUUUAUUUGAGUUUAUGGCUUUUUGCUCAAAGCGUCUGAAACUACAUUUGGUUUGGUUCUUUUUUGUUUACAAACUUUUAUUUUGUUUUUUCAUGUAUACAAAAUAGGUAACUCUUCAUUAUGAAAAUUUAAUUGUAAUUACAUCAAAAGAUCAUAGUGGUUUCCCAAUAACCUGCAUGUUCUCAUUUAAAAUCAUAAUUAUUAUAUCAACACUCUUUCACAUUAUAAAUCUAAGAAAGCAGCCAUUUGUAUUUGAAAAUGACUUCAUGUUUGGGGUUCACCCUAAAACGUUGUGUCAUGACCCAGCUAACUUUCAAUAAGCUGUACUUUUGCAGGUUUGUGCUUAAGGGCUUGUUGCUAUGACAACAGUUCCAGUUUAAUAUUAAACCAGCUUUGAAGAACUUAAAAAAAAUCCAGACUCAUGUCAAAUCAUGAAUUUUCUAAUCUGGAUAACUCGGUUAUCCAAGAACGGCCCUCUCUAGAGCCGGUGUAGGGUUUGUCCGUUCUGGGCUACUGUAGAAACAUGGCGGUGCAAGAUGGCGGCCUCCGUGGAAGGGGACCCACUCCCUCUGUAGAUAUAAACGGCUUAUUCUAAGGUAAUAAAAACACAACGAUUCUUAUUUUCAGGCGAUUAUACACUAAUGAAAACAUACUUAUAAAUAUUAUAUUCCAUUUCUGCCAAUAGCUCCUCCUAAAUGUUACACACUGGACCUUUAAGUCAUUUUUCUUAAAUUAAAAUGAGAUUUGAAGUUUUGAGAAGUCACACUUCUGGUAAUAUUUCAACCUUCCUCCAGGUGCCUGUUAUUACUAAUGUGGCUUAAAGUAUGUUGCUGAGUGAAACUGUAAUAAUCCCAGUUAUGGGAGAGACUCAAGAGUGUAAGCGUCUCCAAAUGUGAUAUAUUUUUUUUUUUAGAGAAUUCAGAGAAGGAACGAGAAUUCAAACGUGCUUCUUUAUAUGAAAAUGUGCUUUGACUAAUUGAAUAAUUUCAGAUAAGGUUCAUGCAUGAACUGACUGCAAUCUGACACAUUAAAGCAGCGGCCAGUUGCACUGUGUUGUUGCGAUAACGCUGGCAUCCUGAGGAUGGCGCUGUUUGUAAAGCAAAUUAAUUUUUACUGAUAAAUGCAAAAUGUACUGUGCUUUGGAAAGUCUUCAUUUAAUGUAAAGAACAUGUGCAGUGUGUUAAGGUGAAGAACUGUGUGGGAAUUUCAUUUUCAGACUGAUGAUUUUCUUUACUACCAAGACCAUGACCUAUUGCUUAACCUCUGUGUGUGUGUGUGUGUGUGUGUGUGUGUGUGUGUGUGUUAACCCAGUUCUAUCAGUGGGUCUGGGUUAAUGGUGCCUUCAGGUACACCUCGAGAACUCAGUGUUUCGUGUUUAGCUCGUUGGUUGACAUUUAUUCAAGAUUUAAAAAAAAACAAAAAACUUUUCAUCACAAAUAAUACUGAAACUUGUUUGUGUGCUGGUGUUAAAUUUUAGAAAUCUGUCAGGACAGAUGAUGAAACAUUUGUACAUUACAUUAAUAAAAGUUUUGACACAGGUGUA